AUGGAAACCUUUUCAAUGUCACCUAUCCCUUGCAUCUUUUCCCUCGGAAGCGAGCGGCCCUUACGAAGAGAAAAUUCUCAGGGCGAUUAUCUGGAUCAAAUCAAUCAGCAUCACAUAUCUGUCUAUGACCCAAAAAAAGAUGCUGUGUUUUAUCAAGAAAGUCCAGCCUUCGAAAUGUCUGGGUUUUAUUCUGACGAAGAGAUCGAUGAUACCCAAAUUCUGCCUUCACAGAGUUCCAAACUAUCGAUGCCCAUAGCUGCCGAUAUUGGUGUUCGGGCGGAUGCUUGUCUUCCAUGCUUCCCUUGUGACGUCAAGCUUCCAGUCAAGAAUGAUAAUCCCCCUUUAGCAUCCCUCCCAGCGAGAUCUACGCGGAAGAGGAGUCUGACAAACAUGUUCAAAGCGAGGCCUGAGGCUGUAACUGCCGCGCAAAAGUUUGAAUUGAAUCUGCCAAAUAAUGCGCCUCCAGUCAAAAACCCUUCGUCACAUACCUUUUCCACCUCGAAUGAAAGUGACCCACCGAAUCCCCCGUCAAUCGACAUCGAUGAACAAGCCUAUUAUCUCGAGAGAAUCGUUCUCGUUGAACCAAGUUUGGGGGAUUUACCCAGCUCCAUAUGCCAACGGCUCGAUUUUUGCCCACCGGAGGAAGAGAUUUUCUACGAAAACGAGUUGAUGAGCGGUCCUUCGUUCUCAUCUGCCUCGCAAGCGCUUCGUUUUUUACAUCGACACAACGAGCCACACGAAGCAUCUGGAACCUCAACGUCAAAGGCCAGCUAUCUAUCACAGGCCCGAAAGAAGCUUAAAAACAAAUCAAUCAACCGAUCAAUCGUCGUUGGUUGCCAGCCCCGAAAGAAAGGCAUAACUCUCCAGGAAGAAAAUGAAUGCUUCCAGAAGAUUUGGAAGCAUCAACAAAAUCGCAUUGAGGCGCAUCAAAGGAUGAAAUCUCAAUUAGAACUGAUCUCGGAAGAGGUGGAAAAUCUUGAAAUCUUGGAAUAA